ACAGCUGGGCGCAGGCUCCCCUCGCUGGGCACAGGCUCCCUCGCCUUGCCAGGGACUCGCACAGCACAACCCAGAGGGAGCGGUGCCCACGCCCGUCUGCCCUGUGAAUCAGCUGGGACCUUCCAAACAUGCCAAGCCCCAGACCGAUAAAUCAUGUUUCUGGGGUUUCUGUACUUUUGAAACUCCCUAUGUGAUCCCAAAGUGAAGACAAGCUCGGAACCCCUGGUCAGGGCUUUUUAUACUUUUUCAAAGCCCUUCCAUAUCCACUUUCUCAUUUUAACUGCGAAUUAAAUUAAAUCUGCCUAUUUCAUAGGGGUGUGUGUGUGUGUGUGUGUGUGUGUGUGAACUUUAUCAGAUUAUAAAAGCGAGCUGUACUCCCUGCAGAAAUUUGAGAAACAAAGCUAUGACGAGGCCUUGCUGAGGCAGGGACACAUUAAGUAACUCUCCCACGGUCCCGGAGCUACCAAGUGGCAGAGCCAGGAUUUGAGCCCAGGGCAGGGAUGGAGCCCUGCCGCCAGGUUGCGUGGGGGCUGGAGGGCCGAGGGUGCCCAGGGCGGGCGCGUGUCUGGGCCGCUGUGAGAGGAGGGCUCGGCAGGGGCCGGAGGGCUGUUUUCCAUGCUGUCCCUGUGUCUGCCGCAGGAGAAUGGCGCCCAACGCCACGUUCGCUCCCCGCCCGGCCGCCGCCGCGCCCGAGCGACUGCUCCGCCCCGUCUUUGCCGGGCUCUGCGGGGCCGUCCUGCUGGCGGGGCUGCUGGCCAACGGGCUCCUGCUGCUGGUGGUGGGCCGGGGCCCCGGCGCCCGCUCCCCGCUCCUCGCGCUGACCAACAGCCUCAUGGUGAACGUCACACUGUCCGACCUGCUCUUCCUGGGCUGCGUGGUGCCCGUGCUGCUGCUGAGCUUCCUGCGGCACGACUGGUGGCUGGGCCCUGCCAUCUGCACCACCAGCCAGGCCGCCAACACGGCCACCAUGUUCUGCACCUUCUACAGCAUGGUGGCCACAGCUCUUCUGCGCCACGUGGCUGUGGCCCGGCCUGACGUGGGCCUACCAGCCGGCCGGGGCACCCGCUUGCUGCUCUGUGGGGCCAUGUGGGGCCUGGGCCUCGCCGCCUCCCUGCCCAACUGGCUGUUCCAGCGGGUGGCGGUGGAGGAGGGGACGGCGGGGGCCCCCACCACCCGGGCCUGCCUCCUGCUCCUGAGCCCCGCUCAGACCUCCUGCUACUUCGCCCUGCUGGGAGCGCUGGCCUUCCUGCCCUGCCUGCUGGGGCUGGGCUGCUCCUUCAGCCACGUGCGCUGGCUCCUGUGGACGCGGCCGCGAGGUCCCACGGGGGAGAGCGCCCGGGAGCACCAAGAGAACACAGGGCUCAUCCUGGUGGUGCUGCUGGUGUUCUUGCUGAUGUGGGGCCCCUGCUCCGUGCUGGGCUAUGCGGCGGCCGUGGGCCUCCUGCCCGCCACGCCCCAGGCGUUUGUGGCCUCCAGCCUCUCCUCCAUCCUGGCCGCCUCCAACUGUGCCGUCAGCCCCGUCCUCUGCUUCUGCCUCUCCCGCCCCUUCCGGGCAGGGCUCAGGGACCUCUUCUGCAGGCUGCUGACAGCCAGGCGUCCCAGAGGUGUGGGAGGGGCAGCCACGGGGCUGCAGAGCGUCCAGCCUGGCCAGGAGAGGGCCCCGGGAGGCCCACGGGGCCUGGUGGGCGUCUGA